GGCUGGAACGUGGUCAGAAAUAUUUGAAAAAGGAAACUAUGUUAUCACAACUGCACGAUACAGUGAAGAUAAGAAGUCCGUUUAUGCAAAUGUGGAUUUCAUGUUACCUGACAAUACGAUCAGACAGUCCACAAUUGUCCAUUUGAAACCUGAGCCAAGAAGCAAAGAUGAAUGGACAAUCGACGUAAUUGCUGCAGAUGAACUACAUCGAAACAUUAGACAGAUUGUGAAUAGAAAAUUCCAAAAUGAUGUAGACUGUACCUGGUGGGGCUGUAUUGAUGGAUGA